AUGGAGGUCCGACCGGCAGCGCAGGGCCGGGCAGCCGCCGGGCGGGUCGCGCUGUUGGCCGUGCUGCUGUGCUUGUGCUGCCGGGCGGCGCCGGAGCGGCUCCGCUACGCCAUCCCCGAGGAGCUGGGCAGAGGCUCGCUGGUGGGGCCGCUGGCGCGGGACCUGGGGCUGAGCCCGGCGGAGCUGCCGGCACGCAAGCUGCGGAUAGUCUCUGGUGACGAAAAGCAAUACUUCACUCUAGGGGAAGAUAAUACAAAUCUGCGGGUAAACGAGAGGAUAGACCGAGAGGGCAUCUGCGGGGCCGUGUCGCCCUGUGUCCUCAGUUUGGAGGCAGUCGUGGAAAACCCUUUCAAUAUAUUUCACGUGAGUGUUACUAUUCAGGAUAUCAAUGACAAUGCACCGCAGUUUGACAGAGAAUUUGUUUCCGUAGAAAUGAUCGAGUCCACGCCUUCUGGGGCUAGGUUCCCACUGGGCACUGGAAGAGACCCCGACAUUGGGGCAAACUCAUUACAAAAUUACCAACUUACCCCCAACCCGCACUUCUCCCUUGUAGUGAGGGAGAGUGCUGAUGGGACGAAGCAGCCGGAAUUAGUGCUGGAGAAAAGCUUAGAUCGAGAAAAACAGAGAAAUCACCAUUUGAUACUGACGGCAGUGGAUAGCGGGGAUCCCGUCCGAUCCGGGACCGUCCAGAUUAAGAUUAACGUGACCGACGCAAAUGACAACCCGCCGGUAUUCACCAAAGAGAUCUACAAAAUUCGACUGCUGGAAAAUCUGCCAGAGGGCUCCUUAGCUUUACAGGUGAAAGCUACCGACGGCGACGAAGGUACAAAUGCGGAAAUUACCUAUUCUUUCAGUGACAUCGCAAACAGUGCUCGCCAGCUCUUCACUCUCGAUUCCAGGACAGGGGAUGUGAAGGUUACAGGCCCCUUAGAUUAUGAAGAAGGAAAAUAUUAUGAAGCGAGUGUUGAAGGCAAGGACGGGGGUGGGCUGAGUGCGCACGCCAAAGUGCACAUAGACAUUCUAGACGUGAACGACAAUGCGCCAACCCUUUCCAUCCUGCCUAUCUUGAAUCCGAUACCCGAAGACUCGGUCCCGAGCACAGUUGUAGCUGUGAUCAAUGUCCGUGACAGAGACUCGGGAGAUAACGGAGAAGUGAGCUGCAACAUCGACGGCGAUCUGCCUUUCAGACUAGAAGCGUCAUCAGAGAACACCUACAAACUAAUAAUAGCCAGUGCCUUAGACAGAGAAAAGGUCUCUGCUUACAAUAUCACCGUCACUGCCAGGGACCGGGGCAGCCCGUCGCUCUCCAGCCGCGCGGCGCUGGUGCUGGAGGUGUCGGACGUGAACGACAACGCGCCGGUGUUCGAGGAGGCCGCCUACAGCGCCUACGUGGCGGAGAACAACGCGGCGGGCGCGGCGGUGGUGCGCGUGCGCGCGCGGGACGCGGACGCGGGCGCCAACGGGCGCGUGAGCUACUGGCUGGCGGGCGGCAGCGCGGGCGCGGUGGGCGCGGCGGCGUACGUGUCGGUGGAGGCGCGGAGCGGCGCGGUGUACGCGCAGCGCUCCUUCGACUACGAGCAGUGCCGCGAGUUCGCGGUGGCGGUGCGGGCGCAGGACGGCGGGGCGCCGUCGCGGAGCUCGACGGCGACGGUGCGCGUCUUCGUGCUGGACCGCAACGACAACGCGCCGCGGGUGCUGUGGCCGGCGGCGGGCGCGGGGGCGGUCGCGGCGCCGUUCGAGGUGGUGCCGCGGUCGGCCGAGGCCGGGUACCUGGUGGCCAAGGUGGUGGCGGUGGACGCGGACGCGGGGCGCAACGCGUGGCUGUCGUACGAGCUGGUGCAGGCGCCGGAGCCGGCGCUGUUCCGCGUGGGGCUGCACAGCGGCGAGGUGCGGACGGCGCGGGCCGUGUCGGAGAGGGACGCGGCGAAGCAGCGGCUGGUGGCCGUGGUGAAGGACCACGGGCAGCCGGCGCUGUCGGCCACGGCCACGCUGCACGUGGUGCUGGCCGAGAGCUUGCAGGAGGCGCUGCCGGAGCUGAGCGAGCGGGCGGCGGGCGCCGACUCGCCGGCGGAGCUGCAGUUCUACCUGGUGCUGGCGCUGGCGCUCCUCUCCGCCCUGUUCCUGCUGAGCGUGGCGCUGGCCGUGCUGGCGCGGGUGCGCCGGGCCGGGCCGCCCGCCGUCCUGCGCUGCCUGGGCGCGCAGCGCUUCUCGGUGGCCGGCGCCGCCUUCCCGGCCGACUUCUGCGAGGGCACCUUGCCCUCCUCCUACAACCUGUGCGUGGCGCCGGGCCGCGCCGUCGCCGAGGGCGCUUGGCUGCCGCCGCCGCCGCCGCUGCCCAGCCUGCCCGCGGAGGAGCUGCUCGGCGGGGAGCCCUGCGGGAAGCGGAGCCCGAGCAGCAGCGCCGGCGCGGGAGAGCCGCCCGCGGACCCCGAUGCACCGCAGCCCAUCUGGCUUUCCAUGAACGAGGGAAAGAAUCCGUCUGAGCAGGCAGGUAGCGACGGCAUUUCCGACUUCAUCACGCGUUCACGUUCAGCUGAGAAGUUUUCUCUAGGAAGCCUGUACUGCCUGAAACGUUAUGAGUUAGUAAGGAUGAAGGCAGGUCCUUACUGUGUAAAAUGA